UUNCCUGGUUCUCCGGGUGAUGUCCCUGACCAUGUCCCUGGUGAUGGUUAUGCUUCCGAGGAUUUCGUUGCUGGCUCUUCCUCUAGCCGCGAGAGAAAGAAAGGAACUCCAUGGACAGAGGAGGAACACAGGAUGUUCUUAUUAGGUUUACAGAAGCUGGGAAAAGGCGAUUGGCGAGGUAUCUCAAGGAACUAUGUGACUACAAGGACACCUACACAAGUUGCUAGCCAUGCUCAGAAGUAUUUCAUCAGACAAUCCAAUGUGUCUCGUCGCAAAAGACGUUCUAGUCUCUUUGAUAUGGUUCCUGAUGAGGUUGGAGACAUUCCGAUGGAUUUGCAAGAACCGGACGGAGAGAACAUUCCUGUGGAGACAGAAAUGCAAAGCGCUGACGCUGUUCAUCAGACACUUGCUGCUCCUAGCUCCCUUCAAGCACCAUCAAUCUUGGAAAUUGAAGAAUGUGAAUCCAUGGACUCCACAAACUCUACCACCGGGGAACCAGCUGCUGCUGCUGCUUCUUCUUCUGCUGCUUCCAGACUGGAAGAAACUACACAACUGCAAUCACAACCACAACCGCAACAGCAACCACAACCACAACCGCAACAACAACUACCUGGCUCAUUCCCGAUACUCUAUCCAACCUACUUCUCACCGUAUUACCCGUUUCCAUUCCCAAUAUGGCCUGCUGGUUAUGUUCCUGAACCACCCAAGAAAGAGGAAACUCAUGAGAUUCUCAGACCAACUGCCGUGCACUCCAAAGCCCCUAUCAAUGUUGAUGAGCUUCUCGGUAUGUCUAAGCUUAGCCUUGCAGAGUCCAACAAGAAUGGAGAAUCCGAUCAGUCCCUUUCGCUGAAGCUAGGUGGCGGCUCAUCGUCAAGACAAUCAGCAUUUCACCCAAACCCUAGCUCUGACAGUUCGGACAUCAAAAGCGUGAUACACGCUUUGUAAAAGGAUCUUUGGAAAGUGACUGUCUAAAAUGGCAACUUGAUGGAAGAUCUCUUGUCUCUGGGGUUGGGGUUGGGGUUGUGACAGGUUAGUUGUUGGUUUACAGUAACUUAAAUAAGAUUUGCUUUGUUAGGUUGUUUAACUUGGUAGGAUGUUUUUUAGUUCAGCUUUGAUCAUUAGGGAGAAAAGAAAAA